UUUCUGCUCUACUCCACGAGUUGACGGAGAUCAUCAUGAGGAUGCCAGUGAUUGCAGUUUGGGCAGCAGUGUUGCUCACUUACGGAGUCUCUACAGGAACUGCAAUGGACCCUAAAGCUGUGGCUGGGCCCUCGGCUCGGGCAGUCAUCAUCCUGGGUGAUGCACCAGACUCUGUUGACGACAUGUACCAAGACUGCAAAGUUCAAAUGUACCAGAAGCUCCAAGAAUACCUGGCGAAUGAGACGAAAACAAGCCAAACAUUCAAAGACGGCUGGGAGAGCUCAGAACAAUACCAACAAAACCCUAAAAACUUGAAGCCACCUAAUAUGAAGGAACAACAUAUUGUAGCUAUUCACUGUUACACCAAUAAUUCGAAUGGAGUGUAUCGUGAUUUCAAUACUGCAGUUCGAACCCAGGGGCCUCAGUACAAGACCACAUUCAGGUAUCACGCACUUCACUUUCUCCUGACCGACGCCAUUCAGACUCUCAAAGGAGAAGAAAAAGUCCCAUGUGUCACCGUCUACCGCCGUACUGGAAGCACUUUUGAGCAAGAUGGCACAGAGAUUCGAUUCAGCUCUUUUACCUCAACCUCAAUGGGUAAUUACACCGACAAAGACUAUGGAAACAAGACAUGCUUUAAGAUUUACACGUGCUUUGGAGCAGAUAUCUCCAUGUAUUCUGCACAUCCAGAAGAACGCGAAGUGCUGAUUCCUCCUUACGAGGUCUUUAAAGUGGUAGGGGUGAAGAAGAGAUCUCAGUAUAAGGAUUUUCCAUGUGAGGUGGAAUAUGGUGGAAUAUGA